UAGGGAACAGUGCUGUGGUGUUUGAGUCGAUGGUGGUGAAAAGUUUGACGUUUGUGAUGUUUUUGAAUUGAAAAUGUGUACCUAGAGGAUAUAAUGGCUUAUAAGUAUCGAGAAGAAAUAGUGGGUAAACGUUUUCUGUCGGUUAGUAGAUUUACCAAGUUGAAAUUAGGAAAAAUCGGCGAGUGGGGCUGGAGGGCGGGAGUAAUACGUGCUACAAGUCACAAGGACAGCUCUCAUCCAGAUCUGCAGGUGCUAGUGGAAUAUGACGGUGUUGAGUGGCAUAGACGAGAGUGGAUCAGCAUUUACAAGGACAGCCUCUUUCACCUGUUUCUGGUGGAACACAGUCUGGUGUGGACUGAUCGUCUGGACCCGUUGUCCCCUAACAGUGGCGCCACCGUCCUCUGGCCCGCUUUGUCGUUCUCGCCGCUGGUGGCUGCGGUGGACAUGGCGACGAACCAGCAGCCCCUGGAGUUCCUACUGGACCGGGAGCUUGCAUUCCGGGAUUAUUCCCGCCUGCAACCCUUCCAGGAAUGGGACCCCAAGUUGCCCGGGCUGAGAGACUAUCCUGAACUGAGGGCCGCGGUUCGACGCUGGUCCGAAUUACAGGAUGGACAGCGGAUUCUCGUGACCACACCCAGUGUUCUGGUGGGCUACAGAGUGGAAGUGUACAGGGCGGAAGGAACCACACAAUGGUACACUGCCGUAAUCGUCAGUUACAACGAAGCUACGAGGGACCUGACCGUCACAGAUGAUACAGUGUUGGAGGAGCACAAUGAGGACCCUUGCAUCGUGCAGAUGAGGCUCAUCGGUGACGGAGUGGUGGAGUCGAUAAUGAGAGGGGAGAACGUGGGCAUCACCCCACGGAGGUCGAGGUCGUCGGCAGUGCUGACACAACAUCAGCAGCAGCAGCCGUCGCGAGUGGGUCGGGGUGCGUGCGUGACACCAACAGGAGGCAGUGGCAGUAGCAGUAGCAGUAAUAGUGGCAGUGGUGCCAACACCCGGAGUUACAACACCAGCACCGGAGCAGCGCCUGUGAGCCGGAAACUCCGCACCGGGAAGCUCCCACCGACCGGUGAACAUCCUCCUCCAGCGACAGAAGCGGCUGGGGCCACCACAGCGCAGAUUCCCCUCGAAAAAGGAGUAUCUGCUACAAACCACAAGCCACGGACAGACAGAAAGCGGAAGAACGCGGAAGCCGUUAUCAAACCCCGUGGCAACAGUAGUGCAAGUGAUCUAAGCAAUAAGGAGGACCUCGAAAACAAGUGUAACAAAAAGCGAACCAGUAAUCGCGGAUCGAAAAAGAAGGUGCUUGAGGAGGCAAACAACAGUAAACUACGGUGCCACGUGCAGGUGCGUGUUGAGGAUUGCUUGCAUCGUAGCUCUGCGCUCAGGAGCUGCAAGAAGGACGUCACUUCAGCUACCCCUGUGGGGAAGGUUCCUCCAGUUGGUGACGCGGUACCAGUUCCCCAGGAUCAACAAGCUGCUGACGAGCCUGCUGAGCAGGACGAGGCCGACAAGGAACUCUUACCCGACCAGGAGGAAGAUAAAUGUGUGAUUCUUGACUCGAGGACACGAAGCGACGGGGAAGUGAGUUUGGAGGCCGAUGAUGAGAAGGGCCGGGGCAGUAGUAGAUGUAGUGUGGUUCUAGACGAGAAAGCCAGUGAAAAUGAAGAAAAGUGCAACAGUGGUACGGCCGUGCAAGAAGAAGUUUCUGAACCGUCGGUGAUUGUGGAGGAUAGGACGAGUAGUGACGCCGUGGUCGUGCGACAGCCAGCGACCAGUAGUCACGACGACGAUGAUGGACCAUUGUCCUCAUCCUCGCCUUUCAGCAGGAUGGAGAUCGACUCCUCGGCAACUGCUUUACUUCGUUUCCCCGACGACCGCUCCGACUCGGGGGUGAGCUCGCUACGAUCCGGGAGCGGGGAUGAGCGUUCCGGGUCUCGGUCCAGUGCGUUGAGUAGUUCGGACGAACCCCCUCAGCAGCAAAACAGCCAGUUGCCCCCGCCUUUGUUUCUACCUUCCUCCUCGAACUCAAGCAGCAGUGACAGGCUGACGACAACGCCUCAAGAACCGGUGCGCGUGUGGAGGGACCCCAGCUUGCUCCUGGUGGCCGAGCCCCACGUUCGCCACAUCAGCAGUGUGCAGCAUCAAACGCUGCUCAUGUCGCAUCCCCCGGCCCCGGCCGCCGCCACGGCCCCUUCGUCUAAUAGUGCCCCUGCCGUCGUAUCGCAGGCUCAAGCCCUCGCCCUGGCCCAGGCGCACUACUCGCCUGUGGUGCCACCACCCCCUCACCUGCUCAGCCCCCACCCGCUGCAUCAUCACCCUCAUCCGGUUCCCCACCACCUGCCGCCCCCUGGCUUGUACUCUCAGCUGCCUCCCGACAUGCUGUGGAAUAAGCGGUACGCUCCGAUCCCGGUUGGCUCCCAUUUGCUGGCGCCCACGCACCCUGCACCAGAGGAAAUCCUGGCGGAGAGAGAGCGGGAGAGAGUCUACAGGGAACGGCAGACUCAAGAAGCACGGGAACUUGAGAAGCAGCAGAAAGAACGGGAGGAGCGAGAAAGGGCAGAACGUGAACGUCAAGAACGAGAGAAGGUAGAGCGGGAGAGGCAGGAAAGGGAAAAAAUGGAAAGAGAACGCCGUCAGGAGCGAGAUCGGAUUGAAAAGCAGCGAGCAGCUGAACAAGCUGUUCACAAACAUUUUGAGGAGUCUCUUCGUUUGGCACAUCAGAAGCAUAAUAUGCGCUGGAACCUUAUCAACAGUUUACCUCCUCCUCGUGGUUCUGGUGCUGAUGAUGAAAGGAAGCGUGUAAAUGAACACGACGUUACUCAUCAACAGCGAUUGAUUGCUGAGAGACUACGGCAAGAGAGAUACUAUCCCCCUGGGGUGCAGAGGCCACCUAGUGCACCAAAGGUAGAAUACCCACCACCUGCCCAUUGUCGAAUAAGUGGUGGGAAAACAUCAGAAAAAUCAGCUGGCCAUACAGUGCUACCCAAGGCAGAGCCAACUUUUAACCUCUUCGGAUAUCCAGCAUACCAUCCUGGAGGGUUACUUCCCCAUGACAGUGGCAAAGUAAAGCAGGAACAGUUGAAAGGAUCCCCAUCAUCGGGCUUAACAUCUUUAGUGACUACAAAAAGUGCAUCAGCUUCAAUGGGAUUAGAUAGGGAAAGAGACGUGAUGUUGCCAAACCCACCCCCGCUUAUGAGUGAUAUUAAGAACUCUGUAAUUGUUAAAAACGAGGGAAAGAGCCCUCACCACCCCCAUGAUUCUUCAAAGGUGCCACCAUCACAUUCCCCGAGUCCAAAAUUAAGGGCAGGAGACAUGGUGACAUCACAGCAGCCUCAUUACCUCCCUCCAACUUCGCUGGCUCAGCAUAAAGCAGCGUAUGAGUAUCGAAGCCCUUCUCAGUCCCCACAUCCCCUGGCUCCACGGCAUACGCCUAGUCCUCAUCAUGCUCACAUAACAUUAGAACCACAGAACCUUGCUGGUAAAGGGCUGCAAGUACAUCACAGGUCCAGUCAGCAGUCAAGUCCUCACACAAUUCCUCACCGCCAGUCACCACAUGCAAUGCAGCAACAACAGCCACAUCCUUCACCUCCAGAACAGAGGUAUGGUGGAACUAGUGGACCAAGUUCCCUACCCUAUGGUUCUUCUAAGACUGCAACCGUGGGGUCAUAUCCCUACCCAUCCCCUGUGGGGCAUGUUACCACAACACAUUAUCCACUGCCAACAGGUGGAAAUGUGACAGCUUCCUCAAAACCCAAAGUGAGUAGUCCAGCUCCGCCACAUAUCUAUGGUAAGCCUGGUAUCACGACUGGUACUCCAGUGUGCCGUGCUCAAGAUACAAAUGUCAACUCUGGUCCUUUACCUUUAACAUCUAAGGCUCCUCUCACGUCAUCUGUUUCGCCUUCACCAUACCAGCAGAUAUCACCCCAUCAUCAUCCUCCUCCCCCACAUCAGGCACCUGUAGGCCUUCCUCCGCCUCCAGCUCACACCAGAGUUGGAGAAAGUAGGGGAAUGUUUGACCGAAUGUAUCCUGGUGGCACAAGUCUUACUGUGAAACCACAUUCACAACACCAAGGAUCUUCCCCGCCUUCUGCUAGUGCUGCUCCACUCCCAAAUCCUCAUUCAUCCCCGCUACAGAUUCCUCAUCAGACACCAGGGCACCACCACCUUGGUAUGACUCCUGUUUUCCAGACACAGCCACUGGAUCUUGGAGUGUCAUCUGAUCGGGGGAGCAACAGAGAUGACUUGGUUGGUUCUCCCAAAAGGAAAGGUGUACCGAUUCAUCAUAAUCCAAGUGUUGUGGAUCCAAGUAAGAAACGACGGUGUGAUCAACAGAAUCUUCCUCCACAGCAAGUAAUGGCACAGGGGACACUGGCACAGCCAUUAUUGUCUCGUGUAAGUGAGCCGAGUCCUCUGAUUGCCAGUGCUGCCACCCCAAUAACUACAGUAGUAAACACUGCUGCAUAUUGUACUCCUGCAGCAACGACUCUGAUGGUCUCUCUCUCACAAGAACCUUUACCAGCAAACACAACAGUUACCACAAGCCCAAACACUAUACUAGCAAGAACAGGAUCUGGAGAUGGCUCUGUCAGGUCCAGCAGUCCAGGGGUUACAGCAAUUUUUCCUAUAGCAGAAACAGGUGUGGCUCGGCAACAGAAUAACAGCCCGGUACCCCUCAUGCCACCCACAAAUUCUAGCAGCCCAAACUUACCUGUGCAACAACCACCAAAUUCCCCUUACACACCAGUGAAACCACACCCUCCACCUAGCAAUGUGGAUUCAGACAAAUCAAACAGCCCUGGUCCUGUUCGACCAACCACAGGCAGUAGUUACCCUGUACAUAAACUCAAGAAAGCAUGGCUUCAGAGGCACUCGGGAGAGGAUGGAACUGAAGACACCACUGGGAUUGUGGGUAGUGGCUCAUGUGUGACAUUGCCUUUAAAUCUGGGUACAAAUUUAUCUGGGACAGGAAUAAAUAAAGAUAAUGUUCAUAGUGGUGGUAGUAGUAGCAGUAGUGUUUCUUCUCUUCAGACUGUGUUGUCUUGCAAAGGGAAGCCAAGUCCUAACAAAGGAAAUAACCGCAAAGGACCUGUGCCAGCAGGUAAUAAGGAUGGAAGUGGAGUUACAUUAAAUGGACAUGCGACAGAUAUACCAACUUCCAAACAUUCACGUCCUGAUGAUUCAUCAAGUUCAGAUCCUGAACAUAAGUCUCCUCCUAAGAGGAAGCCACCCAAAGUGAAGCGGAAGAAAGGUGGAGGUGCUGCAAGGAAAGCUGCAGAGGAGAAACGCAAGAAACUGACGCCUGUGGCAGUGCACAGUGAGAGUGGUAGCGACAGUGACAAAGAGAGUCUGAGUGACAAAGAUUCAGACAGUGGUGCUAGUACCAACCAGAGUGGAACCAGUGGCAAGAAGUCUGCAAGUGGUGGGGGUGGAAGUAGUGCAGGUGGAGGUGGAGGAAGCAAGGAACCUCGUAAACGAGGACGCAGACCAAAAUCAUCAAAAAACGAUCGAGGUGAGGAGCCGCGGCAGAAGAAGUCUAGGGAUGAUCCUCCGGCUCCACAGCGUGAUCCUUUUCGCAAACCUCCCAUAAGCCAGUUGAAGAAGACGGGUGAGAGUUUUCUGCAGGAUGGUCCAUGUCAUGAAGUGGCCCCCAAGCUAGCUAAAUGCCGUGAGUGUCGCUGGACACCCAAUCAGCGUUCCAAGAACAUGCCUAAUAUAUUCUGCCGCUUCUACGCUUUCAGGCGCCUGCGUUACACCAAGAACGGGCAGCUAGCCAUUGCAGGGUUCUCGGAUCCACACAGGGAUGCUGCAGAGGAAGAUUUGAAGCUGUGGCUUCCAUUGCCUGACAGUCCACCUGCUGACCUAGACCUUGAAAUGUCAAGAUUUCUAUUAACUCAAGUUGGAGAUCAGUUCUGUGAUUUACUUGAACAAGAAAAAGAGUCCAUAGCUGUUCAUAUGUCAGAAGAAAAAACCAUUGCUUGGAAGAGAGUAGUUCAGGGUGUUCGGGAGAUGUGUGAUGUAUGUGAAACCACCCUGUUCAAUUUCCACUGGGCAUGUAACAAAUGUGGGUUUGUUGUCUGCAUUGAUUGUUACAAGGGUCGAAAGAAUGGCUCGAUCAAGAUUUGGGGUGAAGCUGGGAAGGACAGAGAUGAGUUUUCAUGGCUCCUUUGUACAAACAGACAGGCUCAUGAGCAGGAGAAAUUAAUGUUGACCCAGAUAAUUGCAGGAGAUUCUCUUCUCCAGUUGGGAAGGAAAGUGCAUGAUGUACGAGCGUUGUGUUGCAUUCCCCAGUAUUGUGGUUGCCCAAUGAGCAAAGAUAUUCCACACAAGUCAACAAAUGGCAUCUGCAAGGAUUUGUUGAAAGUCUUCAAGAAUGAGCCCCUGAAUGGCAUAAUUAAACAGGAAAAGAAAGAAAAGGAUUCUGAGGGAUCAGACAAGGAGAAGAAGAAUGGGGCAACAAAUGGAGCUGUUGUGAAGCAGGAAGACCAGGAUUCCCCCCUUAACUGGUUGGCUGAUGUUGCUCUGUCCAGUGAGGACAAAAAACCAUGUGAGGACUCUGGUGGCAGCAGCAGUGACUCAGAUGAGGAUAAGGAUGGGAACUACUCAACACUUAGGGAGCUCUUGAUCCGUCCUUCACACAAGCCCAAUGGUAGUGGGAGCCGAUCAGCUUCUCCAGCCAACAACUCGACCAGUUCAUUAUCUGGUGGCCUUAACAACUGUAACAAUGUUAGUAGUAAUGCUAAUAACAAUAUGAACAGCAGUGGUGGUAACAAUAGCAGCAGCAACAGUGGUGCAGCUUCAAAUGCAAGUUCUUCUGUCACAUCAGCAACUUCUAUAGCCACAGUUAAGGGCACAAAGAAAUCAAGAUUGGACACUCUUGAUGAGGUCAUUUCAAGUGUUAUUGAGCACAGUGUUCAGAAGGAGGAUCAUCAUGGCAGCUCUGUGUCUGUUGAAGGGAAGGCUCCAAUAGAACUCAAGCAUUUUGUACGACGUUACAACUGGGCGCAAAAGGGUCGGGAACCGUUACCUAUCCGUAUCAUGACACUCACAGAAAGCAAGAUUCUGUAUUCAGAUGUUCCUCAUUCGUGGCUCUGUGAUGGCAAACUGCUGAGACUGACUGAUCCCAAUUGUGAAGGAAAUUACCGCAUAUUCCAGGAUCAGUGGAAACGUGGCCAGCCUGUGAUAGUAUCUGAUGUAACAAAACAUCUGGACAUGAGCCUUUGGCAUCCAGAUUCAUUCGCACGUGAUUUUGGUGAGGACAAAAACGACUUGAUCAACUGUAUGACUGGUAACUUGGUGCCAAAUCAGCCAAUGCGGAAGUUUUGGGAAGGAUUUGAACACUUUUCUCGUCGUCUGAAGGAUGACAGAGGGAACCCAAUGCUGCUCAAACUGAAGGACUGGCCACCAGGUGAAGAUUUUGCGGAGAUGCUGCCAUCUCGGUUUAGUGACCUGAUGCGCGUGUUGCCUUUAGCAGAAUAUACUCAUCGGACAGGGCGUCUGAAUCUUGCAAGUCGCCUUCCAGAAUGUUUUGUGCGUCCUGAUCUUGGACCUAAGAUGUACAAUGCCUAUGGCUCUGCCCUGUACCCUACAAAGGGCACAACAAAUUUGCAUCUUGAUAUAUCAGAUGCAGUGAAUGUCAUGGUUUAUGUGGGGAUCCCAAAAGAUGGAGAUAACGAUGAACAUAUCAAAGAAGCAUUUCGUGCAAUCGAUGAAGCAGGAUGUGAUAUCUUAACGAGGCGACGGGUACGUGAGAAAGGAGAACUGCCUGGUGCACUUUGGCAUAUUUAUAAUGCCCGGGAUGCUGACAAGAUUCGUGAUCUGCUAAACAAAGUAGCAAUUGAAAGAGGGGCCAGGUUGGAACCCCACCAUGACCCUAUCCAUGAUCAGAGCUGGUAUCUUGAUGGUCCUCUUCGAGAAAGGUUAUACAAAGAAUAUGGUGUGGAGGGAUAUGCCAUUGUCCAGUGUUUGGGUGACUCAGUUUUCAUUCCUGCAGGAGCACCACAUCAGGUACGCAAUUUACAUAACUGUAUAAAAGUGGCUGAAGACUUUGUUUCUCCAGAGAAUGUUUCACAUUGUUUCCAUCUAACGCAAGAGUUCCGAGAGCUUUCAGACACACAUUCCAACCACGAGGACAAAUUGCAGAUCAAGAACAUCAUAUAUCAUGCAGUGAAGGAUUCCUUGUCGGUCCUUACCAAGAUGGCUGGAGGCAGUGAAGAGUUUCUAGCAAGUUUAGUUUCGGGACCAGCAGCAGAUAUUGGAACAAACAAUUUAAGUCCGGUUUGUGGAGAGCCACCGCCUCCUAAUGGGAGCAAUGAGGAUGAUGAAGAUGGCAACAGCAGUAGUCACAGUAAUGUAGAAAUAAAGGUGGAACCUGUUACAUGAGUAGCACAAGGAACCAGAAAAUGUACAAAGUGAAAGAAUUCAUGUGGUGUCAAAGAGUACAAUUUUGUGAAAGCUCAUUGUUGGAAUGUACUUGGAGACAAAUGGAAGUUGUGAUAAUACAAGCUACUGUACCUAUCACAUGGCUGUUCUGCCAUGGAGGAAUCUUUGGAUGUGUCAUUAUGUUACAGUCUAACAAAUCCCUUUUUACCUCUUGGAAUUUCUUCCAGCAGUGGCUAGUGUGAAGCAAGAUGUGUAGUUCCUGAUUAAUUCCUAUGAUACAGUGUAGGGUUUUCAGACCAUGAGUGGUGUCUUCAAGGCUUAUUGUUAUGUGUGUCCUUGAAAUUGGCACAGUGAAGAAAUAAAGAUAUUUUGAAGGUUGGUUGAUGUUAGGGCUGGGGAGGAAGGGACUUGUCAGAGUAUGUAAAUGAGAAAAAAAUACUGAAGAAAAUAACAUAUAGACACACAUGCCAUUUGGAGGCUACGAGCAAUACAAGGGUCAGGUAUGUGUACAGAGGGCUGGCCAACCUGUGAUCACAUGUCCUAUUAAUGCAUGGGAUUCACGUUGUAUUGCAUGUUUCUCAUUUCCUUGUGGCAGAGUACUUGCAGAUUUUGUAGUGAUUUGGAGAGUGGAAGAAAUGAGGUUCUGAUCUCGCUAUGCCUACGUUUCCAUGUGCAGUACAGUGCAAUCCCUUACUUCUGUACGUAGUGAUUGUCGUAUGUAUUGUAAGAAAGGCAGUUCGUGCCUCGGAUUAAUCUUAAGUGUCCACGUAAUGGGCGAUGUUCUUCAUUGAUUUUAUGACUAUUAUACAUGUUAAAAGUGAAAACUUGGUGUAACUUAGAUCAUACAAGUGUUGAGCUUCUGCGUGUAGCUUUGAUAAUUUUGAAGAGUAAGCUUAGACUGGCGAUGUUGCCAUCCUCCCCCCCGCAGCAUGCAGGUGGCACAUUCUUUGUACUAUUCUGUCCGUUUUUCACUUUUCAGAGAAUUAAAUUUCUAGGUGGGACAUUAUAUAUAAAUGCUGUUUAAAAGUGCCAAUGUGUGUGUGAGAGUGAAAGUUGGUAUGCUAGACAACCAGUAUAUAGUGCCACCUUAAGAAGGUGGGGGUUUGUUUUCUUUUGCCCCCUCUCUUUUUUCUUUUGCCCCCCUUUCUUUGGAAAGCUUAGAAUUCAGUUGAAAUUAUAGUGAAAGCUUUCUAUUUAACCAAAGCCAUCAGGAACUGAAGUUUGAAGUUCCUAUGUAUGUAUUAGUAUUACAGUGACCUUGGUUCUGAAUUUGGGUGGUGGAAUUGCGCAGUUUCCUUGAUCUCAAUUCUUGUGUCAAGCAUACAACGAUUUGCAAGUGAUUUAGUGUAAUACAAUGUCCAUAACCUCUCCUCACAUCGCAUGGAGGGGUGCCUACGUACUGUGCAUUUGGGCCUUUGUUGAUUGUGGUGUCAAAAGUACCAGUAUUUUACGAUUCUGAGGUGAUAUCUUUGUUCCAGUUCAUCCCUGUAUAUUAUUACAUAGUCAUCUUACUCGUUUCCAUCUGUGACUCCAGUUUCCAGUGUUUCUGUCCCAUGUGUGAAUCUUAAGAAUUCUCAAUUUCAUUGAGAACUUGUAAUUUAUUCUACUUUAUUGGAGGGGACAAGGAACAAUUUACUGUUAGUGUUGUACAGUUCAAUAGUGUUAACGUUUCUGCUGUUGUGGAAUUAGUUCACAAAUUGGUUACUAGAGGCCAUGACUGGCCCAGUCUUUGUACAGUACAGUUGUAUUGAUGUUUCUGUAACCCAAUGGGGUCGAGUAAAUUUUUUGUACUGUGUAAAUGUAAGGAGAUAACAGUUUAAAUAAGAAAAUGUUUAUAUUAUGGAA